UUGCUCUGGAGACAGUCUGAUAAUUUACAUAAAACGAGCACUACCAUAAAUCGUCAAAUCAUAGGCUUCGAGCCAAUCAGCUAUGCAGGCCUUCGUCCCGAAAAAUCGGAGACCAAAAUUCGAAUUGGUGCUGAGGAUCAUCGAUCUCAACAAUGUACCGCUCGUGACUGGUACGGCAUCCGUGAAGUGGCGCCUUCCUUCCGGAUGUACGGCCGAAAACCAUGGGCAUACCGACAAAGCGGUCAUCAUAGACCACAGAGCAUAUUGGAACUAUGAGAAAGUCUUACAGGUUCGCCUGACGAUCGACCGAAACCAGACGCUUCACGAAUGCGAGUUAUACUUUGAGAUUAUACAAGAGUUCAUGUCCGGGGCAAAUAAUGAGAAGAGCAUACUAGGAAAAGUCAGGCUCAAUUUGUCUGAGUAUGUGGACAAGAGUGACGACGAUGAAGGCAUCGUCAGGCGCUAUUUGAUGCAGGACAGCAAAAUCAACAGCACACUCAAGGUUGGGAUAGCUUUACGCCAGAUUGAGGGUGAUCGGAAUUUCGUCACGCCCCCUCUCAGAUCGGCAAGGGUUUUUGGAGGAAUCGCCGGCGUUGUCUCCACCGAACAAGGUGAACACGACGAGUUGGGCAGGCUGCCGUCCAUCAAUUCCCAGAGCAGGGAGGCCACCGACAUGCAGGACAUGUAUCGCCGCACCCUGGCUGCUUCGUGGAACUCGCGAGCCGACGACCUACCGGCGGACAAGCUGAUCGAAGAAUUAUUCGCUGGAAGUAUCAGCUGGGCAGACAACCAGCACUCACAUCCCGACAACUCUGCGGAUUACCACGCUGACCGACUUUCCCCGUAUAGCCGGACGGGCAUAAGGCCAGCCUCCACGGACAAUCGUCUGUCGCCCAGCAGUUUCGAGAAGCGACCUCGAAGCUCCUCCAGCAAUCACUUUCGGAACGAGGUAAAGGCAACAGAGACGGCCUCAGGGACGGGUCAUGCCAGGAAGAACGGGAGUAUUGGACAACAGCUCCAUGACAAUCCGAAAGGAAAGAGUUGGAAGAGUCGCAAUGCCGACCAUGAAGUGUCCGAGUUCGAUGUGCGCGAGGAUUUACGGAGUUGGGAGAUUACGAGCGAGGAAGGACUCUCGAAAUGUCCGCUACGCCCACCAUGCAGAACAAAUAUCAACUCCCCAUUGCGCUGGCGCAAUGUUAUUGCUCGACUCGAAUCUACCUCCUCCACUGAUACCACCGCUGAUACCGAAACGAAUCCGGAGCCCCAAAAAGACUCGCACAAUGCGCGCAAGCAUGAUAGGCGAGAAAGGGAGACGACCCGUGCAGUACCGAUUUCGGUGACUUCUCUGGGAAACCCGGUGCAAGUCGUGGUCUUGAAACCCAAAAAGAAGUGGAAGCUGAACAUGGAUGAGCUGGCUGCCGGAUUAAGGGCGAAAGAGGAGAAUCCAAACAACACAAACAAGCGAGUCGACGACGACGAUUCCCAGCAUUUCUUGGUGAAGGAAUUGGAAGAAGACGCUAGCUUUGCCACUAAAGAACUCUUCGCCUCUCACAUUGACGAGUUACGCACUCCUUACCGGUCACACGACAAGUUAGCGCCUUCUGAUUGGAACGAUCUCAGAUUCAAACUUCACAACUCGUUCACGGUAGCACAACUCAAUGAGUAUAUUUUACGGUCACGGGAGAUGGAGGAACAAGUCGCGAGCGAAGCCGAGGAACAAGCUACAAGUCAGGAUGGCUCUGCAGCCUAUAAAUGGGUGCCUGGGGUGGUGAAUCUCACGGAGAUGGUGUCGAAUUCCCCUUCCGCUCGUACUGGAGCACUCAGAGGGUUGAAGGGCAAGGCAAUCUUGGCCGAAAGGGUCCUCCGAGAAUGUUGGCAUUUGAGUGUCGAUGGCGAACUCGGCCAGCUUGAUAUUCCUGUCCCCGGCUCCACGUUGUCUUUGCUCUUGAGUGCUCAGAACUUUUCCUUCGAGGAGCUCGCUGCGUUGCAUGAUGUCAAGAUCGACGUAUCCCAGGUGCUAGGCCUUUUGAGGAUCACUGGGCGUCAAGGAGCAUGUGAAUCUAUGCGAGACAUCAUCCGGGACGCUACUCUCAGAGUACAAGAGCGAGAAGUAACAUUGCCGGCUAAUAUGAGUGAAUCCGCUAGCGCACGUCUUCGAAACUCUGAUUUUCAGUCUUUCAUCAACAAGUCUUUUGGGCCGACUUUUGAGAUUGAUAAGACAACACAAACACCGAAGCGGAUGUUCUAUCUUGCAGAAAACAAACUGCAGGCGGACGAUGCGCUUAGGACACUCCACCUUGCAUGGCACAGCACCAACAAUUCCCCCACCCCAUUUAGUACAUACUUACCUGCUUCCGAAACAGCCAGCAUCAACAACAUCGACCCUGAGCUUAACACGCCAUGGUUUGACCGCCGACAUUCAUGGUUCAGAUGGGCUGUGCAACAUGAGGCCGGCCAGGUUGUGACAUCCGGCUCCUUGCUGGAACGGCGCCGAUUCUUCGAUAGGCACCAAAGUCGGUUGUCGAGUGUGCUCCUUAAGUUGCUUCGGAGUUCAAAUUUCAACAAAACCACCGGCAUAGAGAACCCCGCCAAUGUUCAGGAAUCUGUGACUGCGGCCGUCGGGAAAUGCCUUUUCCUGCGCAAGCCGAACCUGGAUGAGACGCCGCUCAGCGCUCCUCAACUUGGUCGGCUGUCACUCGCACGUACAUUUACAACCGACAUACCUCGUGCGGCACCCUUCCUGAACACACUGAGGCUUCAGAAGUCAGACGAGCAACAGGUGCACCGCAUCCGCCUGGUUCCUUCAGCUCUUCAUGCCCAUGUCUUCCCGCAGCUUGAAGUGGAAGUCACGGCGAACACCUCCAAGUCUCCGUAUUAUACCGGUCCCGAAUUCGGUCUUUUGCGAGUCAAGGUGGUCUUGUCCGAGAGCAAACUGGAUUUCCUGCUUCCCGAGAAUGGGCUCGAUCUCCGGUUCACCCGACACUUGACCCAUGACCUUCCGCUUAAAUCCGAGGCCAAUUCGACAUUGGACGCUCUGGAAGAGAGCCUGCACACCGCAUUCGCCCGGUCCCUCGAGACCAGCGGCAGCGAAGUGCCGCUUCCCGCCUUCACCCAGAUCUCCCUCCCCCGCUAUCUUCUACCCGAAUCCGUCCCGGCGGAGAGCGACACCGUCACGGCAGACUACGUCUUUCUCCCGGUGGGCGACGUUCGGGGCACCCGGGUCCAUCAAUACAUGUUUGGUGGCCAGCAGCUCGACUAUUCGUACUACGAGAGUGGGCCGUUCUUGCCGCAUCGCACCACGGAGCUCUCUCUGCGCACGGAAAUCGAGAACAUCGACACGAACUUAUUGAAGAUUCUCCCUGUUUCUAAGCCCGAGGCUAACGUGGAGGAUCGGUUCCAUGAGUUCUACAAAUCGGCCUGCAACCUGGCGUUUGACUUGGAAAUGGCGCGCCAGACCGAGGCACCUUUUAGUGACUCGGAUAUAUUCUAAUGAAAAGCGAUCCAGUGGCGUUGGAAUAGAUGAUUCAUGUAUCAUAUAUGUAUAUUAUUAUGUAUUUUCUUAGGGAUUCAGAUGAGGUCAUGGGUUACGGAUG